AUGGUAACUGAUCAAAAUCAUUCAUACAUCGACAAGCAUGAUAGUUCAUCCAGUACUCGGAUAUUUGGGUUAGAUGAGCAAAAUGCGAAAGUGUAUAGUGUGCUUUCUAGAGAAAUUGGAGCAUUAGAUAAAAAACUUGAUAAUUAUCAUUCCGAGUAUAAUAGCUUAAAAAAGGCGGUAAAAAGAUUGGAAAGAGAUGUGGGAACCCAAAAAAUCGAAUUAGAUGAUUUGGAUGAAUGUGUAGAUAGAGAGACUGUAGUUGACUUAAUACAUGAAAUAAUUCCCUCGCUGAUUAAUGAAAAAGGUAAGAGUUCCUCUGAUUCAUCUAAUUCAUCUGAAGAAUUUGAUUCAGUUAAGACGGGAUCAGGAGAAAAUAAUCUCGAAAAAACCAUCUUAGCAUUAAGUAAUGAGCUUCAAAAAAUGCGUACAGAAGCUGAAUGGAGAAACGAAACAGCAUCUCAAGCAGGAUCUAAUCGAUUCUCUUCCACAAGUCACGUUUCCAUGGGACAAUAUUUCGAAUAUACAGAUGAAUAUGAAACAUAUUGGGUCGAAUUUACGGCCCUUUUUAAUAAUAGGAGAAAAAGGGAAAGUCGCUCUCCAACGCAAAUGUACAAUAUUUUGUCAAUUGAAAUCGGCCUUAGCGCUAGCACAUUAGCUAGUUUUUACCGUCAUCAAAAAUCACCAAGAAGAACUUCUGUAGAUAAAAUCAUCGAAUGGGUUGAAAAGGAGGGAAAUAAAAAA